AUGUCAUUAGUCUGUUGUGAUCAGCUUAACGAAAAAUGCAUGUUUGGUGCUUGCUCUGCUUGUAAAACAAAAUUAGAUGAGUUUUUACCCCUUAAUUUUGAUGUUAGCUCUGUGACAAUAAGAAAUAAAUGGAAAGAAAUUGAAGGCUUUUUGCAAGUUGCCGAAGAAAAAAAGGGGGUUGCCGCAGUUGUUAAUGAACUCAACCAAAAAAUAACAUCUUUUAAAAAACAUUGUUUUAUCAAAAACCAACAGUCUAAGUACUUUGAAUCUUGCAAAGAAGCUCAAAAUCCUCUAGAUGCUGUUGUGCAAAUAGAUUUUUCAGAAAACGCCUCGUUGACAAGUCAAAAUGAAAUCCAAAGUGCGCACUGGAAAAAGCUCCAAGUGACUAUUUUUACUUGUGUCACCAGAUGACACAAGUAAAAAUAGAUUUUACGUUAUCCAUAUAUAUGGAUAACGUAAAAUCUGUUGCAAUUCUCAGCGAUGAUUUAAAUCAUUCUAAAUACAGUGUUUGGAUAUUUAUAAAAAAAAUUGGGUCCUUUGUUAAAAACAAAUUUCACUCCGUUUCGCGUCUUCGAUUUUUUUCAGACAACGCCGCAACUCAGUUUCGGAACAAAUUUACAAUUUCAAAUUUGUGUUAUCUUGAUGAAGAUUUAGGAUUUUCUUUUAUUGAAUGGAAUACUUUUGCUGCUUCACACGGAAAAGGCGCGGUUGAUGGUGUUGGCGCGGCCGUAAAAAACGCAUUCUGCUCGCGAUUACUAUUAUGCAGCUUUAAAAUACUGUCAUAAAACUAAUAUUCUUGUGGCGUUGAGUGAGUUAAUGUAAUGUGCUUUACCUUAGUUACCUCUUCUAAAAAUUUUAUUAAAUUGGGCGCCACUUAGUUUUCUAUAAGCAAAACUAAGAAGGAUAUGCAACUUAGGACUGCUCGGUGGUCAUUAUAAGAACAUAUGACUUUCCGUAAAACUCUCUCUCUAUAUAUGUUAAAAACCAGAAUGGUCUGACCUGCGGAAUCUUCUUCAGAACGUGUACUCUGCGGAUGGUAAUACUUGGAAUGAUAUAUAUUUUCGUGAUUCGUCAAAAUUGUGGCCGGCUACGUGACAACACCCGAUAGCCAAACUAUCCACUGAUGGAAUCCAUUAAUUUUCAUUAAUAUUCAAUAUUUUAAAUGGCAGAACCUAGCUUUAUACUUGCUAGCCGUCAGAUCUAAAAGUUUCAUACCGAGAUUUAAAAUUAAUA